AUGCCCUCAAGUAUACAUGGAUCAAUCAGCAGUGACGAUGAACCAAAGCCAGAAAGAAGUUGCAAACAGUGUGAGCGUUCAUCGUCAUCAUCAUCAUCAUCGUCAGCAAAAGGCGAUGAGGAUGGAACGGCCGCUGCUACAGCAGAAGCAGGGGCUGGAGAAGGAGGAGUCGAGCCAGAACUCAAGGCAUGGAUUGAGGAUGACGACGCAAAGUUUGUAUAG